CUGUUGACCGAGGCGCCGUUGAAUCCGAAGGCGAAUCGCGAGAAGAUGACACAAAUCAUGUUCGAGACCUUCAACACGCCCGCCAUGUACGUGGCCAUUCAGGCCGUGCUCUCACUCUACGCCUCCGGACGCACCACCGGCAUCGUGCUCGACUCCGGCGACGGUGUCACACACACUGUGCCCAUCUACGAGGGCUAUGCUCUGCCACACGCCAUUCUUCGUCUCGAUCUGGCCGGCCGCGAUCUCACCGACUACCUCAUGAAGAUCCUCACCGAACGCGGCUACAGUUUCACCACGACAGCAGAGCGCGAAAUUGUGCGCGACAUCAAAGAGAAACUGUGCUACGUGGCGCUCGACUUUGAGCAGGAGAUGGCCACUGCGGCUUCAUGUUCCGCCCUCGAGCGCAGCUACGAACUGCCCGACGGACAAGUCAUCACCAUGGGCAACGAACGUUUUCGCUGUCCCGAGUCGCUGUUUCAGCCCAGUUUUUUGGGCCUCGAGGCGACCGGUAUCCACGAGACCACCUACAACUCCAUCAUGAAAUGUGAUGUCGACAUCCGGAAGGACCUCUACUCGAACACCGUACUCUCUGGCGGCAGCACCAUGUAUCCGGGCAUCGCGGAUAGAAUGCAGCGUGAGAUCGCUGCUCUUGCCCCUAGUACCAUGAAGAUCAAGAUCAUUGCUCCUCCCGAGCGCAAGUACUCCGUCUGGAUCGGCGGAUCCAUUCUCGCCUCACUCUCCACCUUUCAGCAAAUGUGGAUCUCCAAAUUGGAGUACGACGAAUGCGGUCCAGGCAUUGUCCAUAGAAAGUGUUUCUGA